GAGUUUUUGGCUGCUGUGCUCAAGCGCUCGCGCGGCCUGGACCCAGGACGAUCGCUAACUUUUUGAUUCAUUCCUGAUCGCUGCGUGCGUGUAGCCGCCAGUGCUGGCUGGCCAGGGAGGCUAGCCCUUACCUAGGCGUUGAGCACAAAACGCCAGCCGCCGCGGCCGGCGCGGCGGUGCGCCGAGCGGAACCAUGCGGCUCCACCUCCUCCUCCUCAUAUACGUCACACCGACAAAAGCCAUCGUCGGCCGCUUCUUCCGGAGGAAGAAUAGCGACAUCCUGCGGCGCGACAUCCUCCAGCGCAACAUCUUAGCUCAAAGAGCGGAACUAGCCCAGCUCGAAAAGCGGUUGAGGGGCGAGAUCAUCCAGGAGGAGGUGAGACGGCCGCCGCCGAAACCGAGGAUCCACGGCGGCAACUUCGUGUCAGCUCUGAAAGAAUCAAGUAACGUCUUUUUAAGAAGGUACAAGUUUCAUGAAAGAAAAGGCGACGACCGAGUGAGGUGGAUGUCGAACAAGACGCAGGCCGCGCUGGGGAUUACUGCCGAACUAGUCACGCUGCCGCCGCAACAGCGAACGGCGAGACUCGCGACUCUCAGAAAAUACGCUCCAUUGUUGGUGGUCCACGCCCCGGGCAUCCUAGCGAGGCUCGAUAAGCUCGAACGGUUCGUCCCGGGCAUCAUCAACAAGAUUUUGGAUGGCGGCCACUUAGCAGCGAUCGAACCGGAACUUGACGGAAUUCUCGACCGCUUCGACGACAUCGAGCCGCACGUGCCUUGGGUGUUGGAGAACAUCGAUGAUCUGGCGCCCUACGUCAGCUCGUUGAUGCGGCAUAUCGACGAGUUACUCUUAUAUGCUGAUGAUGAGUACAGGUGGGCCGAUGAUUUCCUGCCUUACCUGCCGUUCUUCGUUUCUAGAUUAGAUGCGCUGGGGCCGCAUCUGCCGUUGUUGCGGCCGCACCUGAAAGUGCUGGGGCCGCACUUUCGCCGGUUGGUGCCCUGUGUCGAUCCUAUAUUGUUGGAGUCGCAGUCGUUCUCCAUCUCAGCAAAUGCGGACGUGCUGCUGUGGUGGUUCUCUUGGGCUUUACGUAUACCGGUGGUGGUGCCGUUGGUGGUGCGGUGUCCGGGUGGGGCUAGGUUCAUCGCGUUUCUGGCGCGGCGGCUGCCUCGACGAUUCGUGCGAGGGAGGUGUGCCGACGUGGAAUGCUUGGUGGGGGAGGACUACGGGAGCGACUGGAACAACGUCCGUGAGUAUUUGGACGACGCCGCGCGGCCCGUAAGUUUCUGAUCUUA